AUGGAGUCCUUUGGGUUACCCACAGCGAGAAACUCCUUAACUCCGCCGCUCCCCGCUUCCACCCCGCACCCCCUUUCCCGUCCCCCGGCGACGCGCUCCCCCGCCCCCUUCUCGCCGGGAGCGGGAUUUCCGCACUCCCCCGGCGCCCAGUCUCCGCCGCCCCUAGCAAUAGCGGUAUUUCCCGCGCACCCGUUCAAGCGCCGCGCGGUCGAGGGGCCUUCGCCGCCCCUUUCCCCCCUCCCCCGGCUCAACGAGAGCCAUCGCUCCCCGCUUUCCUCGCCGGCUUCCGCGGUCCAUGGACUCCGUGCUGCGCCUCUUAGCCCUUGCGCGGGGGAAGCUGAAGGAGCGGGAGGAGGGAUUCGGGAAGGUGGGGGAAGUUGGGGAGGCAGGGGAGGUGCGGGAGCGCAAUCCAGACCGCACGAUGGUUCCGCGAGCGCAGUCGCAGGAUCUUUCGCAUCUCCCGCACCGGACACCAGUGUAGUUUGGCCGCCGAAUGCGCCACGCGGCGCCCAGAUCCGCGGAUCUUCUGCGCCGUCAGGCGCAAGAAAGUCGGAACCUUUGAGUCCUUCUUCAGGCGCGCGGGAGCAGGGGAUGCCGCUUCCGCGUGCGCAAGAUCGGGAGCGGUGGGUGGGCGGAAAGUCCUUAGCUUCCCCGCAACCCCGCGAUGGCCCCGUCAGCACAGUGACGCUUGAGUGGACUCAGAAGCCGCCUUCCCCGCGAUCCCGCGAUGUUCCCCCCCGCGCCGCGACUCUCUCAAGCGCGCUCCUUGCGCGCAUCGACGCGAUCUUCCUGAGCAAACGGAGCAAGGAGCGCGCGGAAGCCAAGGCACAGACGCGGCUGCGAGCAGCGGUGGGCGGCGGGUCGAAGCGGCGCGGGCAGGCUGACUCCGCCGCCGCAGCCGCCGCUGCAGCAGUAGCAACAGCGGGGAAACAGGAAGUUCUUGGCACGUCGGACAAGAGAGGAGGAAAGACCGCGAUUGUGUGGGAAGGGGCGGGUCCAAAGGCGCGGCGGUCACUGUCACUGGACGGCGCGGGGGCAAACCGCGGGGGGAAGGGAGUUACGGCGCUGGGAGGGGGAGGAGACGUGAAGGCGGAACCUGAGGUCUGGGAGAUUGUUUGGGGAGGUUUAACUGUGGAGAGUGGAGGGAGUGGGGGGAGAGGCGGAAGUGGGGGGAGUGGCGGAAGUGGGGGGAGCGGCGGAAGGGGGGGGAGCGGGGGAAGUGGGGGGAGUGGGGGAACAGGAGGAAGUGGGGGAAGUGGAGGGGUGAGUGCUACAGUAUCUGGUGGCAGCAGUGGGAUUGACGGCGAGGUGGCAACGCGCACCGCUCUGCACUCUCCUGCUACCGCUGCUAACGCCUUUGCUGCUGCUGCUGCAUCGCUCACUGCUGGGGCAAGCACCCAAACGGCAACAACAACAGCAGCGGCAGCAGCAGCAGCAGCAGCAAAAACGGCAGACGCACAGGCGAACCGGCAGGCAGUGGGCGACAAUAGAGUUGAGAGUGGCCUUGGAAGCGAGUCUGGCUUUGCCCCUGCGACCGCCAACAGCAACAACAACGGCAGCAACAACGCUAUGGUGCCGGCCCAUGAUGCACAGCAGCAGCAGCAGCAGCAGCAGCAGCAGCAGCAACCCGCGUGGAUGAUGGUGGCCGGCACGCUCACUCGCGCUGCUGUUGUCGUCCCCAUGCCCGCAGCUGCCACUUGCGGAGGAGGUGCAGCAGGCAUAGCAGCAUCAGUCCUGCCAUUGAAACAGCCCUUUCACGACCCCACCCGCGACCCCUCUUCAAACAUCCAUCAACAGCUAACUUCUUCUCCUCUGCCUCCUCCUCCUACUGCUCUCUCCACCGCCACCCCUUCUGCUCCCCCUGCCACUCCCCCUUAUCCUCCCCCUCCCUCUCCCCUUUCUCUUGCCCCCACUGCUGCCCCUCCCGCUAACCCCCCUGCUCCAUCCGCGCGCCACCCCCCCCCUCACCGCUCCGUUCCCCCCCACCACCCUCAUCCCCCGCACCAUCCCCACCACCAUAACCACCCCCGCGUGUGGUACCGGGGGGUGCGGCAGCGGCGGUGGGGGCGGUGGGUGACAGAAAUCCGCGAGCCCACCACGCGCACGCGCAUCUGGCUCGGCUCCUACGAUAACGCCGAGGAAGCCGCCCGCGUGUACGACAUGGCCGCCCGGCUGCUCAAGGGCCGGGCGGCGAGGCUUAACUUUCCCCACAGCGUGCAGCCAGUGGCGGUCCCUCGGGGGAUUGCGGAUGCCCUUAUGCGGGCUAGCCGGGCAGCAGCGGAGGCUGGCGGGGGGGAGGGUGGUGCGGGUGGUGUUGACGAUGGGGAGGGCGGUGCGGGUGGCGGUAUGGAUGAUUUGCAGGGUGGUCGGGAUGGUGUGGACGAUGGGCAUGGUAGGGAUGGGGAUGGGGAUGGUGGUGGUGAUGGGGAUGGUGAUGGGGAUUGGGGCAUCAGUGGUGGGUGCGGUGGUGGUGUGAUGGGGAUGGUGAUGGGGAUGGACGUGGUUGGUGCAGAGGCAGUGGGGGAGGGUGAGGCGGGCGCAGAGGCACAGGAGGUGAAGGCGUGGAGUGGUGAGAAGAUGGAGUGUGGCUCGGAGCAGGUGCAGCAGCAGCAGAGCAUGGUGCUUCAGCAUGCCGGGCAACCACGAGCCGGCCUACAGGAGCAUCACUAUUAUCAUCAACAGCAGCAACAGCAGCAGGAGCAGCAGCAGCAGCAGCAGCAGCAGGCGAGCAGUUUGGCACCUGAGAAUCCACCUGGCAGCCAGGCGCCAUCAUGGGAGGAGACCCUGAGAGACCUGGGCCUGGACCCACCUCUUCCACCUGCGGCCCCUCCCCUUUCCUCCGCCCCCACUGCACCUGCUCAGCCCCUCUCUGCUGCACCCACCACUCUCCACCACUCUUCACCACCAGCACCACCACCUUGUGUAACCCCAUCUCGCUCCUCCAGUACGCCCCCUCUUCCCCUCCUGCGCAUGCCCCUAUCGCUGCUCGCCUCCCCACGUGCCUCCACCCACACCCCUCCUUGUCGGUCAGGCAGCCCCCUGCUACACCUCCCGCCCUCUUUCCCUGCUGCUCGCUCCACCUCCGUGCGUGCUGCGACCACCACAGCUACUACAGCACCAGCACCUGCCACUACGCCCACUCCUCCUGCCAUCUCCCAACCCCUCUCGCCGCUCCCGUGCACCAAUCCCAAUGAUCAGUCGGAUCAGACUGACCAAAACAGCCAGAUGGAGCGGAUGGUCCAGAUCGAACGAGCAGACCGGAUGGAACGGACGGACCAGAUGGAGCGGAUGGAUGUCCCCUUAGAGCCCUUCACGCUGGAGCUUCCCCAAGUGCACUCCCACACGUCCACCGCCACCACUGUCACCAGCGCUACUGGUGGUAACACGGUUACCACUACAGGCACCACCAGCGGCACUGCCACUACCACGGCUUCCGAUUGGUCGGCGAACGUUCUUGUCGACUCCAAUGAUUCCUCCAUGCAGAUCUUCGGGCAGGCAAUGAAUGUGUUCUGCCCGAACCACCAGUCGCCUUCUGAAGUUUCUUGGAAUUCUCCAACCGAACCAUCUGUCCGAACCUCGCUCCACCAAGCCGCUCUCUCUCGUCCGGCAACUGUCCCAGCCAGUCGUCCAGCCGUUCGCGCUGCCGAACCUCCUCCUCUUGUCCUCCCACCCUCGCUAGAUGCCCUGUCAUUGGCCAGCCUCAGUGCCGAACCUUUGUUGUUGCCAACCCUCCAGGAGAGGUUCGGGGGAGGUUUGGAGGACGAGGGGGUGACAGGGGAUGAGGGGUGGUUCUUGUGGCCUGACCUGUAA